GGAUUACCGCACAUCCCUUGCGACAAGACAAGACGUUCGUCUGGGAGCCCACUUUCAGUUUCUAUAAGUCGGCCGAACAGCAAACACGCAUAGCGUUUACGCAACUUACCGCGCCCGCAUGCGUCUGGCUGGCACACUUACAAAAAAAAUACAAAUUACAAAUUUCGAACGCAGAUAAAAUAAUUUUCCUUAUCUGCGUGAAUUGUGUGUCAAAUUUUGCGCGCCAUUUUAAAUUUUGUUGUUUGCGCGGGAUAGUUUUCGUGUUAUUUAUUUAUUGUUGAAUUAAAAUAAAUAAAUGAAACAAGUAAUGUGUGAGACAUUGAAGUGUUAUGUUAUUGUGAGAGGCUGUGAUGUGUUUGUUUCGUGAAGUGGACAGCAAAAAGACACCAUCUGUCGAAAAGGUGGAGGGCGACGCGAGUGCGAGGAGGCGGCAGGGUGCGCGUGCGGCGGCCAGCGCGCUCCGCCCGUGCCUCCCGCGCCGCCGACGCAUCACCCCUUGCACGCGCUCGAACAAAUGCCGCCGCCCUUACUCAGAUCGAAUCCCCUGUAUACAGAAGAAGAAGAGCAAGAGGUAGUAAUAAUCGUGGACUCACUGGACGAGGUGCCCGAGGUUGAAGCCGUGGAGCCUCCUCGGACGCCUCGCCGGGCACCCUCCACGUCCUCAGGCUACGGCAGCGGCGGAGGCAGCCACGGACGGGUGUCCCCCAACUUACCAAAGAGCGAGCAGUUCGAGCCGCCAGCCCGCCGGCUGUCUGACUCGGACAAGAACGAUGGAUCUCACAACACUUCGGACUCCGAUAGUCCGGUCUGCACGCUUAGCAGGAGUUUGAAGGAAGAUAUCAGGUCCUGUUUGGGAGUUUGCAGAUGGGAGAAAGACGUGAACGAUGUAGUGGAGGCAGCCGUAAGGGGUGCUGGGGGCAUCAGUGCAGCCCGAGCGAGGCUACACGCGGCCCUGCUAGCUUUACAUGAGCCUCUCCCACGGCUGCCAAACAGGGGCCCCUCGCUGCCUUACUGCGGCCCUGGCGUGAGGCCUGGAGACGUCACAAUGAUGCCUAAGAAUACUGAGAUGUCGUUACUGGCCGCCAGCGCUCUGUUCACCCUCGACGGCGCCCGAGGCGAAGCCCUAUCUCGUCGCCUAGCCCGCAGCGAACGACGACGGCGUCGCUGCAGAGCAGCCCUGGCCAUCAUAGCGCUCCUCCUACUCUUGGCGGCAGUGGGGGCCGUGGAACUCCUCAUGUCUAGAGGACAGAGGGUAUUUGGAGCUGUACUACGUUGAACAAUGCAAGUGAUUGGAGGAAUCACGGUAGGCUCUAUAGUAGAAGUAUUUUUGAUAUACAUACAACGGAUUAUUUAAAAACUUUCUAUUUUAAUAUGGUCUUUAUACUAAAAUUGGCUGUAAUAUAAUACUUACCUUGUUUCAACUUCUAAUUGUCAUUAUUUCGUAGCAUCUCAAGGAUAGUCUCCUGGCUACUUAUCAUGGUAAAAUUCUGAAUUCAGAAGACCUUAUACAAACCCACAAACUAUCUCUUUUCUAGGUGUUUAGUGAUUCCAAUGAUGUUUUAUAUAGUGUAUCUUAUGAAAUACACAUCUAAAAUUCCUAUUAGGUUGUUGGCAUCCACUAUUUAAGACUAACUUGUAUAGAAUGCUGAUAAUAUGCAGUUUUGCAUUCACGGAACAGGGAUAGAUUUAUGAGAAGACAGAAUAAAUAAGUAUGUAGUAUUUUGUGUCUCCCUCUUUAGAUAAAAUUAUAUUAACCAUUAUAAAAUUAUUCAAAUUCGUAAUUUUAUUCAUAUGUAUUUAGUGUGUAAAAUGUAUAGUUAGCGUAAUAUAUUUUAAGCAAACGAUUUGGAUUCCACUAUCGAAAAUAUUUUAUAAUAGAAACACGUAAGUAUGUUAAUCUUAAGUAGUUAAUUUUGUAAAUAGUUUUUAUUUCGUUAAUACAUAGUAAAAGAAUAAGUUUAUUGGAAGUGCCUUCCUAUCUAGUUUUAAGUAAAAUCGAGCUUACAAUAUGUACGAAUUUAGAUAUAUUCAUCUAUUUGAAUCUUAUAAAAUUCCUUUUACAAGUGAGAUUGAUUUAGCCGAUUGACCUAAAAUUAACAAAGCCCCUAUUUUUCUUCUUCCUUUUAACUCAAGGAUUCAAGAGAAAGUGGGGUAAAGUGAUUUUGAAAUUAUUAUGGAACUCGGCUUGUCAAAAUCCAAAUUACAAUAAGUAAGUAUUGCUUCCUUAUCGAAAACAACAUUAUUUUAUAAGUAUCUAGUUAGUUCUUGUUUAAUAUAGUCGAACAAAGAUUCUUCGACAUUUUGUAGAUAGAAAACUAAACAGACAAAAUACGUAUAUUACAUAGGUAUAUUACAUACCUACGUAAACGUAUUUUUAAUUAUGAUUCAAUGCUACUGUAUUUUAUCUCAGAAAUAUUAUUUAGUACUCUCUCACAGUAAAUGUCAUUUAUCAUUUAUUUUACUUAGAUUAAAUGUAUAGAAAUUCUUUGAUAGUGGGAUACAAUCUAAUUGAACAUACAUAUUAUGCAAUUAUACCUUAAGUUUCUAUUAUAAUGUUUGAAAUGUCUGCAGCAUAUCUAAAUAUUAUUGUAGUAAAUAAUUAGCAAUUAUCAUAUGCAAUUAUAAUUUGCGUUUGUGGUUUUCCUAGAAAUUUUGUUUACCUUUUUUUAUCGAUAUUGAUUUAGAAGAAAUUUCCGUGUUCUCAAAUUAUUUAAUGCAAAUAAUUGUUAAAUGAAAAAUAUGUAGCCGAGUUAUUUAAUAUUUAAAAUAAUAUUGAGUAGAAUUGGUGUUUUUUCUUUAGGUGCCAUAAAACACUAAGACAACGAAAAUCUCCGUUAUUCUAUUUAUUGAAUAUAAUUCCGGCACUUUUACACAGUAAGCCACAUAUUUCGUUUUUAAAAUACCUUACAAUCAAUUUUAAAACUCGCAUUGAGCCACCCUGAUCACGCAACGAUAUCUUAGAACAAUAUUUUUUAAAUAUUGAACCUAAGUUUAGCGAGGAAACCGUCGCAAUUAGGUUCUUGGUCAACGAAUUUAGCGCAAAGUGUAGGCCCAAAUAAACCGACAACAUAAACGUCUGAUUUUCUUAAAACAUCUGUUUACUUUAAAACUUUGAACAUUGUUUUAAGAAAUUCAGACUUCAUGAUUUCGGUCCUGGGCUUUUUUCUCUACUAAAUGAUGGUGCAUUUCCAUUUAUCAUUGUAAUGCCAUGUAAAUACUUAUUCGGUGGCUUUUCUAGUAUUGAUAUAUUGUGAUCGGAAUAAAUGUGAUUAUUGUACCUUUAAGUAUAUUAUCUAAGUUUGUGACUAUACUUAGAUUUGUAAUAAUAUUUUUAAGGUUUUUGAGCUGCACAAAGUGCGAUUAAAUUUUUUCAGCAGGUAUAUAAACAAAAUAAAAGUUUUCAAUUUCUUUGGUGUUUUAUUUAAAAUAAAAAGUUUUCACCUAUAGUUUUACCUUAUAUACAACAAUAUUAGUUGAAGCGAAGUAGAAUUAAAAUUACGUAGUUUGUAUAUCAAUUUGACUACUUACAAAUUACACCCCAAUUUACGUAAUUAACCUUAAGUGCAAAAUAUAGUUUAACAAGUGAAAAUACAAGUCUUU